AUGAGCAACAGGCGCUCGCUUGCCACGGCUGGAGCAGUGGCGGAGGGGGCGACUACCGGUCGGAAGAAAAGUCUGCUGGUGGAUGGCAACAACGCACUCUACCAUUUCUACGAUCCGCUGUCCAACGUCGAACAAAACGGAGUCAAGACUGAAGCAGUGGAUGGUCUUCUGCGACUUUUACGACGGAUGGACAAGACGCACGAACCCGAACACAUUUCCGUAGUGUUCGACUCGAAACAGCGCCCUACCACCAGAAGAGUCAUGCAGCCAGUCUACAAAACGGACCGAGCUCCGAUGCCACAGUCGCUAGCGCCACAGUUUACAUAUGCGCAAGAAGUUCUGAGCCGGGCCAAUGUGAACUGCAUUGAGCGCCCGGGGAUGGAGGCCGAUGACAUCAUCGCCUCGUACUCGGUGCAGUACACGGUCGCUGGCUACGACGUGCUGUUAAUAUCCAACGACAAUGACUUCCUGCAGCUCGUCCAUGGCGGCGUCAACAUCUACCAACCAUCUAAACGCCGAUACAUCCGCGAGCGAAACGUGCGUGGAAGAUUUGGCUUGCACCCCAAGUUACUACCAGACUUUCACGCGCUGUGCGGUCAUCACUGGAAAAGGCUCCCCAGAGUGGACAGCUUGACCGACGAGUUGGCAGUUCAGUUGCUCACUCAGUAUGGCGGUCUUUAUCCUUUGUUACGCCAACUGGACACACUCGUUGACCCCGUCUUGUGCAAGACGUUGAAGCAGUGCAUCACUUCUGUCGAAUCCUCCUACCGUAUUGUUAAGCUUGUCGACACAGUCGAGUUGCCUGUAGCCAUCGAGGAUCUCCGUCGGCCCCAGCUGAAUUAG